GGAGCCUUGUGUAAGAGGAGAGUGAAAAGCUGUUUAACAAGAGACCCUGAGCAAGAAGGCAGCAGCUUUUCUACAGUCCUUUUGCUACUGAAAACCCAGCUAGCAGAAAAAUGGCAAGCUCUUUCACACGCCUGAUCUCCAAGCGCAAUACAGCUGUGCUGUUGGCCGGCUUGGGAGCAGGAACAGCUGGAUUCUUGUUGAGUGAAAACAGUUCUCUGGCUGCUGAGGCAAAGAAGAAGCUUUACCCUCCCAGCUCUGAUUACCCUGACCUGAGGAAGCACAACAACUGCAUGGCCUCUGCUCUUACUCCAGCUAUUUAUGCCAAAUUGAGGGACAAAGUCACCCCCAACAACUGGACCCUUGACCAGUGCAUCCAAACGGGAGUCGACAACCCUGGACACCCUUUCAUCAAGACAGUGGGUUGCGUGGCUGGUGACGAGGAGAGCUAUGAGGUGUUUGCUGAGCUCUUUGACCCUGUCAUCAAAGACAGACAUAAUGGCUAUGACCCCAGAGUCAUGAAACAUCCUACUGACCUGGAUGCCUCCAAGAUAACCCAUGGCAUGUUUGAUGAGAAUUAUGUUCUGUCAUCCCGGGUGCGUACUGGCCGUAGUAUCCGUGGGCUUAGCCUCCCCCCAGCCUGUUCGAGGGCUGAGCGCCGUGAGGUGGAGCGGGUAGUAGUGACAGCCCUAGCUGGCCUUAAAGGAGACCUGGCUGGACACUACUACAGCCUAGGAGACAUGACGGAAAAGGAGCAGCAGCAACUUAUUGAUGAUCACUUCUUAUUUGACAAGCCUGUCUCUCCACUGUUGACAUGUGCCUUUAUGGCCAGAGACUGGCCAGAUGCCAGGGGGAUCUGGCACAACAAUGAUAAGACCUUCCUGAUCUGGGUCAAUGAGGAGGACCACACCAGAGUUAUCUCCAUGGAGAAGGGCGGCAACAUGAAGAGAGUGUUUGAGAGAUUUUGCAACGGACUCAAACAGGUGGAGCACCUGAUCCAGGAGAGAGGGUGGGAAUUCAUGUGGAAUGAACGUCUGGGAUACGUCCUCACAUGUCCGUCCAACCUGGGCACCGGCCUCAGGGCGGGUGUCCAUGUACGCCUGCCAAAACUAAGCAAGGACACACGUUUCAGCAAAAUCCUUGACAACCUGCGGCUGCAGAAACGCGGCACAGGGGGAGUCGACACGGCUGCUACUGGUGAUACCUUUGACAUUUCCAACCUUGACCGUCUGGGCAAAUCUGAAGUGGAGUUGGUCCAGUUGUUGGUUGACGGCGUCAACUACCUGAUUGAGUGUGAGAAACGGCUGGAAAAAGGCCAGGAUAUCAAAAUCCCAUCUCCCAUUGUUCAGUUUAGGAAAUGAAAACUGAACUCCUCAGUUUCCUCGGUGACCUGAUCAGUCCUCCCUCUCAAACUGAGCCUGCUAGAGCACCUGAGAGGGACUCCCAUCAGCGAGGAGAAAGCAUUCUCUUUAAGUUUCCAAGACAGAGUGCAUUUCUUUAAGAUAAAUCAUCUUAGACGUGUUCUUUAGAGGAAAACUCUACCUCAAGAAAAUUGUAACCCCAAGUUCAAUGAAUAAACACUAUACAACAUUUUA